AAUGGCAAAUGUACAAGGUCGUUGAAAUCUAUUGUCAAAAAUAUCUGCACAACUUUUACCCAAAUUUUCUCGUAUUUCACGCGUGAUUCGCACAAAAACCCUUAAUAAUUUGUUUAACAAGACCGUCCUCAUGUGACCGUCGAUGAUAAUUAGCCCAUGAUGUCAGGCCUAAAAGAUACUCGCUACAACAGCAGCAACUACACUAGCAGAGAUAGCAGCUCGGAAACAGACUCGGAUGAGGGCAGACGCAGAUGCUUCAAGAGCUCUACCUGGUCCAGGUCCCCCAGACAGCAGCUAGCCAAACUGGAGUACAUGCAGUCCGGGAGCGAGGCGGGUGCUGCGGCUUCAAGCACUACCGGCCUAUGCUUAAAUGAUGACAGACUUGUCCUGGUCGUGGAUAGCACCAGAUUUGUGGUUGACCCUGCCCUCUUCACUGCCCAACCUAAUACAAUGCUUGGAAGGAUGUUCACAUCUGGCAUAGAGUUUGUGAGGCCUAAUGAGCGUGGCGAGUACGAGGUGGCUGAAGGGAUGAGUGCCACAGUAUUCCGCUCCAUCUUAGAUUAUUACCACCAUGGUGUUAUUCGCUGCCCGCCAACUGUGUCGGUCCAAGAGCUUCGAGAGGCUUGUGACUACCUCCUUGUUCCAUUUGAUGCUAGCACUGUGAAAUGCCAGAACCUACGAGGACUGCUACACGAAUUGAGCAACGAAGGUGCCCGAGCUCAAAUGGAGAAAUUCCUGGAGGAGUUAGUGCUUCCUUUAAUGGUUGCUAGUGCCCGCAGAGGUGACAGAGAGUGCCAUGUUGUGAUUCUCCUCGACGAUGAUUUUGUUGACUGGGACGAAAAGUUUCCACCACAGAUGGGAGAGGAGUAUUGUCAGACUGUCAAUAGUACUGCCAUGUACCGGUUCUUUAAAUACAUCGAAAAUCGAGAUGUCGCCAAGCAAGUGUUGAAGGAGAGAGGUUUAAAGAAAAUUAGACUGGGAAUCGAGGGCUACCCCACCUAUAAAGAGAAGGUCAAGAGGAGACCGGGUGGAAGAUCUGAGGUUAUAUAUAAUUACGUUCAGAGACCUUUUAUCCACAUGAGUUGGGAGAAGGAGGAAGCAAAGAGUAGACAUGUUGAUUUCCAGUGUGUCAAGUCAAAGUCUGUGACGAACCUUGCGGAGGCCACGGCCGAUCCAGCGAUUGAUCUACCCCCUGCUGCCACGGUUGAUGUUGACUUGGUGGCUCCACCGCCACAACAGCAGUUGCUUCUGCAAGAUAACGAGGGUGAUCCAACCCAAAACCCUGAUGCCCCCACAUAGAGGUGCGCCUCCAUCUCGUUUUUCACUCCUCUGUCAUAUUUCUUCUGCUCCAUCAGUUAGCUUUCAUGCAAAGAAGAAAAAGGAAAGCCGAGGCACUAAUCAAUUAUUAAAUUGUAAAACGCCGACAAGUGAGAAAUGAGAUGUGGUUGAGUUAUACGCUAGUUUUUUAAUUAAGUAAGCAAGUGAGAAUUUUAAAAUUUUAUCAUUUGAGAGGACCACAUAAAGAGAUGAUAUUUUUACCGUCGUAAUAAGAGAAGUCAAAAAUUGAUUUUUUUUUCAAAAUGGCAAGAAAUGCCUGCUUUGUGAUGCGGAAUUAAUAGCACAAAAUUUGCAGCUUGGUCAUAUUGAAAACUGGAAAGCACCAUUUAAAAUUACAAUGUCUGCUGUUUUGCCACAACUGCUGACAAAACCGUGCCAAACUUUAUAUUGAUUGUGAAUACAUAAUUCUCCGUGUAAACCGACAAAUAAUUAAAGAAUCUGAAGACCGUGAAUCUGCAAACUUGCAUCCAGAUAUGUAUGCUUCCUUAUUUUAUAAUCCAAUCGCCCUACCAACUGUAAUUAACUCGAAUAAUAUUUAUGAUGGGCUUAAUUAUUUGUAACCUGAUAUUGUGAAUAUUUAAAUUGCGUCCCUUGGUGGAUUUUUAAAGACACAUUAACUAUUUGCUAAUUAAACGAAAGGGAUUUGUCGGUGGUUCAAUUAAUUUACAUGGCCUACUCCAGGAUAAAGCAAAUUGUUCACUGAAGUUAUGAAUGUUAUUUAUUUAAAAACAAAACUUCAAAAUCAAGAUUAAAUUGUUAUAUAAUUUUCCAAAAAAAAAA